UUCAAUCACAAUAAUCUUUGUUUAGUUUUUAAUCAAUUCAACCUCAUUUAGGAGUUUUCUGUGGUUUUUCUUAACAACAGUUCCACAGUUCAAACUUGACUGAGAAUUUUAUAUAGAGUUUUAGAGGUUCAUUGUAUAUUUUGAUAAAUUAAACUACAAAGUCUUGUAUAAAUAGAAUGUAAAAAGUUUAUUGCUCUUUAAUCAUUGUUGAUUGUCCAAGCUAAUUAAGUGUUUCUCACAACAUUGCAAAACGAUAAAAAAUGUUAUCGCAGCAAGCAACUGUUUUUGCUCUUUCACAAGUUGAAUUACCGCAAAGGUUAAUAAAAUUCAAAAAUUGUCGGAUACUAAGAAAUCACACAAUUAUUAGAGAAGAUUUAUGGGUUCGAAAUGGUAAAAUAAUUAAUCCGGAGAAAAUCUUCUUUGACGAAAAAGGUCAGGCACAUGUGCAAAUAGAUUGUCAUAAUGCCAUCAUUUCGCCAGGAUUCAUAGACUUGCAAAUUAAUGGUGGAUAUGGAGUAGAUUUUUCGUAUGAUAUAAACAGUGUUGAGGACGGUAUCCUAAAAGUAUCAAAGAAACUUUUAGCUCAUGGGGUAACAAGCUUUUGUCCAACACUAGUAACAUCUCCAAAAGAAAUUUAUCAUCAAGUUUUACCGAAAAUAAAAAGGAAAGCAGGAGGAAAGCAUGGAGCAACAAUAUUAGGUGUACAUGUUGAGGGACCUUUCAUAUCAAUUGAAAAGAAAGGUGCACAUCCGGAAAAUUGCAUUCGAGAAUUAGAAAAUGGAUUCGAUACACUUGAGGCUGUUUACGGAGACAUAAGUGAUGUAUCUAUUAUCACAUUGGCGCCUGAAAAGCCAAGGGUGCCAGAAGUAAUUUCCGAGCUUGUCCGACGAGGUAUUAUCGUAUCAGUUGGUCAUUCUAUGGCCGAUUUAAUACAUGGUGAGACUGCUGUGAAGCAUGGCGCUAGUCUUAUAACACAUCUGUUCAAUGCAAUGAUGCCGUUUCACCAUCGUGAUCCAGGUCUUGUUGGGUUGUUAGCUUCAAACGAAAUUCCAGAUGGUAAAACUGUUUAUUUUGGUAUUAUUACUGAUGGAAUACACACACAUGGUGCGGCUCUAAGAAUUGCUUAUCGCACACAUCCAAAAGGAUUAAUCAUAGUUACAGACGCAAUAUCAGCUAUGGGUUUGGAAGAAGGAACACACAGGAUUGGACAAUAUAGCAUAGAAGUAAGAGAUCACAAAGCAUAUGUAGCCGGAACAAAUACUCUUUGUGGUUCAAUUGCUCCGAUGGAUGAAUGCAUUCGUGUGUUUCUUCAUGAAACACAAUGCCCAAUUGAAUUUGCAUUAGAAGCAGCUUCUUUACAUCCAGCAACAUGUUUAGGUAUAUCUGAUCGGAAGGGUACUCUUAAUUACGAAGCAGAUGCAGAUUUCAUACUUUUAGACGACAAUUUGAUUGUACAUUCAGCAUGGAUUGCUGGCGAAUGUGUCUAUGAGAAUAAUAAACAUUCUAUUCCAAAAGUAGAUGUUCAGCCUCCUGAGAACUAGAGCACUUGAUUUAAUGAAAGACAGUCAGUGCACAAUGAUGAUAUGAUUUAUGUGACAAAUGUUUACAUUUUAUACUAACCAACAAUAUAAAUUUAUACUCUAUGUACGUACUUUGUGAAAGCGAUGAUGUAUAAAAUGAAAUUUAUAACUCAAUUGGGUGUUUUCAGUGCUUUUAUA